GUCCAUGUCAAAUGUUGAUCUGCUUUUGUUUUUUGCUAUUUAAAAAGACAUGGCAGCAUUGUCUUUGGCGCUUUCUUUAAAAAAGAUGGCAGACGGCAAGGAAUCUCACGAAAUGAAACGAACCGAAAUUAAACCCAACUCACUGUUAGGAGCCAUUUUGCCUGUUAGUGGUGUUUUAGAAAUUCAGAAUGAUAUGAUGGCGACUUAUUUUGUCACCAGUAAUCAUUGGCGGUCUUUGCUUAUCAUUGGUCAAAGCCAAGUUCAGAGAAAUGGGUUAUUAUUUCAAGCUGCACUUACCCAUGCAUCACUGGGUAAACAAGUUAUGUGUGUAAUGACAAAAGAAUUCAUUCGUAUUCCACCCACAACACACGGCCUGCCAAAUAUGGAACCUGGAAAUAUGGUGAACAUUACCUUCAAAUAUUGUCAGGAAAUGAAGAGCCUUAGCGAGUUACUUAUAAGCUUCUGCUCAACACAAAAUGAGCUCUUACCUGAUGUGCUAGUUGUGAAUAGUUUAAAUGAAUAUAAAAGAAGCAAACUUUUGCUUUCUGGUACCCAGUAUGCCAGUAUCUUAUCCCUUCUAUCUGAAACAGUGGAGUACAUUGGAAGGAGGAAGCAGACAACUGUCUUAUUAUAUGUAAGUCUAAGCCUGGCUUUGACACAAGAAGAACAAAAAACUUGGAUAGAUCUUGUCAAACAAUGGACUCAUGAAUUAUGGAUCUUGGAAGGGAAUGCAAACCGCCUGGUAUGUGGUCGCAUCCAAGUUCAGUUUACUGUGCUUGGCUCCAACAUGUUCCUCAAGACUGUUUCAGAAAUAGAUUAAUUUAUGAUGCUUAAGAUUUUAUUUGGCGCGUAUGCUUUUACAUACCUCUCUUGCGUUCAUUUAAACAAUAAAUUUUUCUCAUCGGUUUA